AUGCCGCCCAACACUGAAACCCAAACCCAAACGUUCAGUGUCCGUAAUGGGCUUACACAAGACGAGAUCCGGGAACGUGUCAAAAGCGGCGAUGCCCUUUUUAUAUUCGAGGACAAAAUUUACAAAGUCAAUCGAUUUAUGAACAAGCAUCCGGGCGGUGAAUUAGCCAUUCGACACGUUCUUGGCAAAGAUGUCACCGAUGAGAUUAGGUCAAUGCAUCCACCACGUGUAUAUGAACGCAUGAUAAAGCACUAUUGUAUUGGGGACUAUAUUCGGGAUCCAAAGCUGGACCCAACUGCAACGACGACAGCAGCUGCCAAGGCAACACGACACCAUGACGACGCCAUGCAAAUCGGUUGGCAGGGCAGCAUGAGUGUCGAGGCAUUCGACGCAAAGAUUGACGAACUUUACGCAAAGCAUGCAGACGAUCAAGAGACGGACAGAAAAGACCAAAAGGAUCUCACUAUACUCGAAAUACGACAGGCAUAUCGACGACUGGAGCAAGAGUUCAUUGACCGCGGAUUGUUCAAAUGCAACCACUGGCGGUAUGCCAAAGAAUGCUGUCGCUAUGUCACGUUUAUCUACUUGUCACUCUGGCUCGCGUUGCGUGGUUACGAUACGUGGCAUUUCCUUCUGAGCGCGGUAUUCAUGGGCUGCUUCUGGCAUCAGCUCGUGUUCACAGCACACGAUGCCGGCCAUAACGAAAUCACGGGCCGUGUCGAGAUUGACCAUUUGAUUGGCGUUAUGAUUGCCAAUUUUAUCGGUGGUCUUUCAAUCGGCUGGUGGAAGAAGAACCAUAACGUCCAUCAUAUCGUCACCAACCAUCCCGAGCACGAUCCCGAUAUCCAGCAUAUGCCGUUUUUCGCCAUCACAACACGUUUCUUCAAUAAUAUUUAUUCCACCUAUUAUAACCGCGUAUUAGAAUUCGACGCACCCGCACGAUUUUUCUUAAAGUACCAGCACCAUCUCUAUUAUCUUGUGCUUUCAUUCGGUCGGUUCAACCUGCAUCGCCUGUCGUUCUUGUAUCUCUUUUUGGACAAGGAAGUCCGCAAUCGAAAGCUCGAGCUAACCGGCAUCGCCGUAUUCUUCGUCUGGUUCAGCUACUUGCUGUCAUACUUGCCGUCGUGGUCGAUGGUCUUCGCCUAUAUCAUGAUCUCGUACAUUGUCACGUCUCCACUCCAUGUACAAAUCACACUGUCGCAUUUUGGAAUGUCCACCGCAGAUCUCGGUCCAGACGAGUCGUUUCCGGCCAAACAGCUUCGCACAACCAUGGAUGUCGAUUGUCCCGAAUGGUUUGACUGGUUUCACGGUGGACUUCAGUACCAGGCUGUUCAUCACUUGUUCCCGCGCUUGCCCCGGCAUAACUUGCGCCAAUGUGUGCCCCUGGUCAGAAAGUUUUGCAAAGAAACUGGACUGCAUUAUUACAUGUAUAACUUUUCAACUGGCAAUGGCGUUGUAUUAGGCGCGCUGAAAUCAGUAGCGGAUCAAGUUCACUUGAUGAACGACGUGGCAAAGUACAAUGCAGGCGUCUGGUCUGGUGACAAGCUCCAACAGGAAACCACGCAUUAA